CUUUUUCUUUCGUUGCUUGAAGGUUUCUGCACACAGAUCACAGGUGCUUCACACACUGCUUCUGCAAUCAGUCUCAGGUUUACAAGCCACUAUGGGCUUACUAACAUCUGGUACUCCUCUGCACUGGAAUGAGACAAAGAAGCACGCUCGAUACAUACAAACGGAAGGCAUCAAACAAUUCAUUUACCUCUAUCGGACUCUCAAUUCAAGAAGGAAGCACACGUUAAAAUGGGGAGACGAGAUUGAGUACACAUUGUUGCGCGAAGACCCUAAAACCGGCUGCGUCCAACUUUACCUCACGGCCUCUGAUCUCCUACAGCGUCUCCCAUCACCGGAGCUUAAUGGAAGUCGCUUCAUUUGGUCACCGGAGUAUGCGGAAUACCAGAUUGAAGGUCUUCCAGCCAUUCCAUUUGGUCAAUUGUUGUACGCAUUCAGUACUGUUCAACCAAAUAUGAGGAAGAGACGACAACAGUUGAUGGAAUUCCUACCAGAGAAUGCCUUUGCUCUCACGCUCACUGUCUUUCCAAGGUUGGGAUGUCCUGAAUUCUCUUACCCGCCUGCUAAUCCUACUCCUGCUGAUGGCGUUUCCAAGAGUCUUUUCUUCCCAGAUCCGGCCAUAACACAGCUGCAUCCUCGGUUCAGAACGCUCACACGUACUAUUCGCGAGCGACGCGGUACGAAAGUUGCCAUCAACGUGCCUAUCUUCCGCGAUUCGUGCACACCAGAUCCAUUUAUCGAGGACUUCUCCAACCUUCAUGAUGGUUCAGACCCAGAUGCGGCCUCAGCUGCCCUCCCAAACCACGUUUACAUGGACGCCAUGGGAUUUGGGAUGGGCUGUUCGUGUCUGCAGCUCACGUUUCAGUCCUGUUGCAUCGAGGAGGCGCGUAUACUCUACGAUCAACUGGCUACCAUUUGUCCUAUCCUUAUGGCAUUGAGUGCGGCAUCUCCUGCUAUUCGAGGAUAUUUACUCGAUACCGACUGUCGGUGGGGUAUCAUCUCCGCGUCUGUCGACGACCGCACUGAAGAAGAACGAGGCUUAAAACCUUUGGAAAAAAAUCGCUUUGUGAUUCCCAAGUCCCGCUACGACUCGAUAUCUUCCUACUUGUCCGUCAUGGGCCAGGCGUACAACGAUAUCCCGCUGGUUUAUGACCAGGAGUUUUACGAGACACUCAUGGCCGAAGGUGUUGAUGACGCCCUGGCCAAGCACGUGGCUCACUUGUUCAUCCGUGAACCGGUAUCGUUGUUUGAGGAACAACUUGUGGAGAAGGAAAACUCUGUCCAACACUUUGAGAACAUCCAGUCAACCAAUUGGCAAUCGAUGCGUUUCAAACCACCACCUCCAGAAACGUCCAUCGGUUGGCGCGUGGAAUUUCGACCGAUGGAAUUGCAAUUAACCGAUUUUGAGAAUGCCGCCUUCGUCUCCUUUCUGUUACUCUUGUCUCGAACCAUCUUGCGAUUAAAGCUGAAUCUGCUUAUUCCGAUCUCUAAGGUGGACGAGAACAUGAAGACGGCUGUCACACGUGAUGCAGUGCGGAACGGUCUCUUCUACUUCCGACAUGGGCAUAUGAUUACUACAGACGGAAGUCCCAUAGAAUGGGCUAUGACCUGUGCAAGAUUUCGCCGGGGACGAUCCUACUCUGUCGGGCAGCCCGACGACUCUCCCGAGUCCAGUGUGGACGAAUCAGAUGGUCAGUGUUUGUCCGGUAGCCGGAAGAAGACCUGUCAGGAAAUCAACGCAAAUACUGUGAACUUCGACCCUGAACAGACCUACACUGCAAUGACGGUGAACCAAAUCAUGAAUGGUUGUGACACAUUUCCUGGCCUGAUUCCCUUGGUUCGACACUACGUCCAUGUAAUUGGUGGAGAACCUUCGGUUGUUUGUCUUGUUCAUCAAUACCUCAAUUUGCUACAGCGCCGUGCUUCCGGAGAACUCAUGACUACCGCGGCCUGGAUGCGAUCUCGUAUCAGAGCCCACCCGGAUUACAAAUUUGAUUCUUACGUGUCCGAGUCUAUCAACACAGACCUUAUGUUGGAAUGCCUUGCCAUCACUCGUGGAGAACAUCGACCAAGCGAAUUUCUGCCGCCGGAAAUUGAUCACGAUCCGGAUCCGAACAGACCCUGUCGCUUAGAUCCAAACUGCCUCCAGUGUGUGGGUACAAACAAUUGCGCGGAAAACCAUAUUGCUACCCUCCCAACCAGCCAAUGAACAGACAUUUGGUUACCCAGAAAACUUCACCGUUGAUCCUCGCUACUUUGUGCAUUUUUCCAAGAUGGCGCAUGAAUUUUUUAAAACAUUUUUACGACAUUUUUGCUAAUUUCGUGAAAGCACCAUCACACUACGAAAUCAAAUAACGCGCGAUUUUAAAUUUAAUGUCCCUUUAUCUUGCCCUUUACACACGCGCUUGUGGUUAUUUUUCCAUGCUUCUAUUUCCAGUCGUUUGUUAUUCUGAUUCCAUUUUAUGUUCUAUGCCUUGUUUCCCCUAAUCACCUAUUAUUUCCCAUCGAAUUGCUCAUUUAUUGCAUGACCACGAACACAGGUCUUUGUCUCACGUAUUGUUGAAUUCGACCCCUACUCGUCCGUCUUUUCGUACCCUUACUCGGUCUUAGUGAUGGGGUUUGCGAUAGGUUUGUGGACUGGUCUUCGAGAUAUUCCUCACUCGAUGGGAAAAUCUUUUUUUGCUAAUAAUUGUGACAGUCCCACAGUAGUGUGAUGUCCACUGAAUCCUACUGAAACCUAAUAGAAA